AUGGUCACCGUGAAAGGUUUCUUUCUACUUCUUUCUCUCCCCUUGCUGUCGCAGCUUCUUCCUCUUGACGCCAAUGGAAUAAGCUCCAACACUACCAGUUGCCCCGUGAAGGAAAGACGAGCCCUGUUGAAACUCAAAGCUGGUCUCAAAGACCCGUCCGGCUGGCUCUCUUCCUGGACCGGCCGAGAUUGCUGCGAAUGGGUCCGUGUGAGCUGCGACAACGACAUGGGCCGUGUUGUGAAGUUGCAUCUCAGAGGCUCCGACAUAUGCGACGUGGUAGAUGAUGACGAUGAUGCUCCUGAAUCUGCACCAGAAGAUUACAAGCCGUUGUGUCUGAGCGGCCACGUAAGUCCUUCCUUACUUGCCUUGAAGCACUUGACUUACUUGGAUCUAAGCCGCAACAAUUUCCAAGGCAAUCCCAUUCCCAGUUUCUUAGGCUCUCUCAAGAGGCUGACCUAUCUUAAUCUCUCCCAAGCAUCAUUUGGUGGAUUAAUCCCUCCCCAGUUGGGGAAUCUCUCGAACUUGCACUAUCUGGACCUCACUUUUGACUUUUAUUCCCGUCAAGAGCUCCGAGUGUCGGAUUUAAAUUGGCUUUCUGGUCUCUUUUCUUUGAACUACCUUAACUUGGAAGGCGUCAAUCUCCGGAAGGGAUCCGCUCGUUGGCCGGAGAAGCUCAACAUGCUUUCUUCUCUAACGGAGUUGCACUUGGCGGGAUGUCAGCUCUCCGAGUUCCCCGAAUCUGUGUCAUUUGUGAACUUCACAUCGCUUUCGGUUCUUGAUCUCUCUUUUAACAAAUUCAACUCCACAAUGCCUCGGUGGAUUUUCAACAUCACAACUCUGCUUGAACUCACGCUCAUUGGUUCUGAACUCAAGGGCUCCAUUCCCGCUGUUGCAGAGGGUGCGCUGUGCGGCCUGCGGAAGAUAGAGUUGUUCUUGAAUAACUUGACAGGAAACAUAAAAGAGGUUGCAGUGGGCUUGUCGAGAUGCAAUAAUAGCAGCUUAGAGACGCUAGAUUUGAGUUGUAACAACUUCAACGGUCCGUUGCCCGACUCUCUGGGAUUGCACAAAUAUUUAAGAGUUCUUCGACUCUCCGUAAAUUCCAUCUGGGGACCGAUCCCGAGUUCUCUAGGAAAUCUGUCACGUUUGGUUGAGCUGGACUUGUCCGUCAAUUAUAUGAAUGGUACCAUACCAGAAAGCAUAGGACAACUGUCGAAGCUGACCACUUUGGCCCUAGCUUGGAAUUCUUGGGAAGGUAUUGUUACGGAAAGUCACCUCCGGAAUCUAAAAGAGUUGGAGAGUCUCAGCCUAUCAUCCUAUCGGGGUAGUUCACUGAAGUUCAGAUACACCCGAGGCUGGGUUCCCGAUUUCAAUUUAAGUUCCAUCGAAAUUAAGAAUUGCCAGUUGGGUCCGGACUUUCCCAAAUGGUUGAAGAAUCAGAAGAAACUGUCAAGCAUGACCCUUUCAGGAGCUGCGAUUUCGGGCACGGUGCCCGAUUGGCUGUGGGAACUGUCUCGACAACUUGGGAUACUAGAUCUUUCCCAGAAUCGUAUAGUGGGGAAACUUCCCAGAUUCUUAGAUUUCGGUUUUGAAGCUACAGUCAACUUAGCUUCCAACCGGUUGGAGGGUUCAUUUCCGUUCUGGUUGAAUGUGCGCGACCUCUCUUUGAAAAACAACUUGGUUUCAGGACCUAUACCAGCAAAUGUCGACCACCACAUGUCGGGCUUGGAUUACCUGGAUGUGGCGUACAACUUACUCACCGGUGACCUACCUUCUUCAGUGAGCAAGCUGAAGAAUCUGGUUUAUCUUGAUUUAUCAAACAACGCUCUUUCUGGAGAUAUUUACGCCGGGUGGGCCGUUAUGCCGAAACUGAAGAUCUUGGAUCUUUCAGAGAACAAUUUCUCUGGUCACAUUCCCUGCCAAAUGUGCUCAUUACUACCUUCCCUUGAAUGGCUAAAGCUGAGCACCAACAAUAUUUCUGGGAAGUUGCCCUCUUGCUCGUUAAACUGCACUGGCCUGUCCACACUCGAUCUAGGGAAAAACAGACUUCAUGGGUUAAUCCCGCGUGGACUGAAGAAAGCUUAA